GCUCCCAAAUUUUUGAUUUUUUGGGGCAGGAAGGGCGUGUAUGGAGGACCAGCUGUCACCACUGUUCACUACCGCAGUACUGCUACAGAAAUAUUCUCCUCUUUUUCCUCCACUUCUUCGGAACACAUCACACUAUCCCGCGGAUCAUCUCCCUACCAGAUUCAGGGUCACCAAUUGACACCAACAUCUGGGGUUGUCCCUUCACAGCAUCCUCUUGCACCCAACACAUUCUACCCGGUAUCGCUCUCUGGUUCUCGAAAUGGCUACUGAAAGCACCGCUCCGGCCGCCGCCGCCGCCCCUACGGGCCCAAUCCGCCGACCUGAUGAGGCUCUGUUCAAGGAGCAGGAGGCUAAGCUUGACAAGGAGGUCAGGGCUCUGCAGGACAAGAUUAAAGCUGUAAACAACCAGAUUGAUCUUGCUGCUCCCAGAAAGGACCAGGAGUCCCAGAAUCCAACCCAGAUUCGCAGACAGGAGCUCAUCAAGCGCCUCAACGAGAUCAAGGAACAGCAGGGUGGUGGCAAGAAGGAUCGCGCUUCCAAGUUCGACCAAAUCAAGCGCCAUGAAGAGACCGUGAAGCGCCUUAUCAACGAGAGCAAGGCCGACCGUGCCAAGCUGCCCGUCAAGAACCUGGAGGAACUCGAGGAGAAGAUUGCCCGUCUCGAGCGCGAUGUUAACUCCGGCAUGAUGAAGCUUGUUGAUGAGAAGAAGGCGCUUAACGAGAUCUCCAACCUCCGCAAGCAGAAGAAGUUGUUUGGCGGCUUUGAGCAACAGCAGAAGCUGAUUGACGAGCACAAGGCCAAGAUCAAGGAGAUCAAGGACAGCUUGGACACUCCCGAGGCCAAGAAGCUGAGCGAGGAAUACGCUACUCUUCAGGCCGAACUCGACGUCAUCAAGGCUGAGCAGAACACUGCUCGUGACAACCUCGGCAAGCUCAGGGAUGAGCGUACCAAGCUCAAGAUCGAGAGGGAUGCAAAAUACGCCGAGCUCAGGGCUCUCAGAGAUGAAUACUUCACUCAGAAGAAGGCCGCCGCUGCCUAUGAGCGUGAGCAAAAGGCCAAGCGCGCCGAGCGUGAAGCUGCUGAGCGCGAGAAGUAUGCUAAAGAGAAGCGCAUGGAGCGUGCCAAGGCGAUGCUCGCUGAGGCUUCCGAGCCUGCUUUCCUUGAGGAGAUUCGCCGCGCCAACAGCCUCCUUCACUUUUUCGACCCCUCUCACCAGACUGUCGAGAAGGCCCCUCUUGUUGCCAACAAGGGUCUGGGUGCCACCGACAUCCGCAAGGUUGAGGCCGACGGCCUGAAGGGCGUUCGCCUUGUGCGCAAGGAGGACCGCGACGAGGACUAUCUCCCUGCAGCCAAGAAAGGCAAGAAGGGUAAGAAGAACAAGGCGGCCGAGGGUGGUGUCGCCGCCUCUGGCAAGUUCAGCUUGCCCCCUGCCGUGAUGGACGACUGCAAGACUCUCGGUAUCAACCUCCCGUCUGGCGCUGCCGAUGUCCCUGCUGCCAUUGAGGCAAUCAAGGCUAAGCUCGCGAACUGGAAGGCCAACCAGGAGGCCGAGACCAAGAAGAACGUCGAGAAGGCCAAGAAGGAAAUUGAGCGCCUCGAGGCCGACGAGCGCGGCGAGGUUGUCUCUAACGGAGAGGCCAAGGAGGACAAGGCAGUUGCCGAGACCACCAAGGCUGUCGAGGACGUCAGUCUUGAGGAGAAGAAGGCCGAUGAGCCCGCCAAGGCUGAGGAGGUCGAGACCGCUGCCUAGGAUGGUACGCGUGGCGACCAGUCUUCUGCCGAGGUCGAGGAAGGCCAGAAUCUUCAGGGUGAACCGGCUCCUGAGUCUGAGGUGGAGCAGAGCGAGCUUUAGGAAGUUUCUGGCGAUUCGUCUUUGGCAUCACUCGAGGCUGGGCUUGGGGAUGAUCUUUCAGAUUCGGAGAGUCAGCCUACGUACAACAGCGGUGCUCCAAGUUACAGUGAGUCUCUUCGAUCACUCUCCCCCACAGCUAGGACGGCGGGUGAGAUUGAAACGACCGAUGAUUUUAAUGGCGAACCUCCGCCAGGCUACGUUGCGGUCAUGGUCUGGGGGGAGGGUUUGGACGGUUUUGCAAUGAAAAAGAUUCUUAUUCCCAGGGAACAAGAGGAUUGAGCACCCUUGGAGCGGAAGAUGUGACCUUGACAAACGUGGCAAAGUAUUGUUGCUUUUUAUUUAUUUUUUAUUUUUGAGCGGUAUAUAAAUUUUAUUAUAUCGUGUUUCGGUGUGGCUCUUUCACGGUAUCACAUGGGAAAACAGCGAGGUAGAGAAAAAUGAUCAGGUUCAAUAUUAACACCUG